UCUUUCAUAUGCAAAAGUCAAAUCAAAAAGUUUAAUCAUAUUAAUAACUGAACCAUCUGAUUGUUAAACUUUUAUAUCUUUAUAUAUUUUUAUUAAAUUGCGAUAUCCUCCUAUGAGUUCCCUUCCGACUUUGUUUCCCCAUCAUCUUUCACAUGCAAAUGUCAAAUCAAAAAAUUUAAUCAUAUUAAUAACUGAACUAUCUGUUUAUAUCUUUAUAUACUUUCAUUAAAUUCUGGUGUCCUCCUAUGAGUUCUCUUUCGGCUUUGAUUGUCCUUUAUUUUUCAUAUACAAUUAUAUUCUUAUUGCCUUCUGUUUUUGUAGGACUCGGUAUUUCCAAAAGCAUGAAACACGCUUUUCCGAAUUCAGGAAGUUCGUUCUCAUUUUUCUUCCAAGGAAUUUUGCUUUUGUGGGUGACUUCAUGUCUGGAAUUUGGAAUAAUACAUACUUUUGCAAAUGAAACUGAUCGAGUUGCUUUGCUUGAUUUCAAAAAUCGGGUAACUCAGGAUCCUCUUCAAGUCAUGGCUUUGUGGAACAAUUCUGUUCAUUUUUGCAGCUGGGUUGGUGUCACCUGCAGCCCAUCGAAUGGAAGAGUAGUAAUUCUGAACCUGAAGGGCCAAAACUUAGUUGGCUCCAUACCACCUUCCAUAGGAAACCUUACAUUCCUCACUGGAAUCAACCUCAUAAAAAAUGGCUUCAAGGGUGAAAUUCCUCAAGAAAUUGGUCGCCUAUUGCGCUUGCAGCAUCUCAAUUUGACAUUGAAUUCCUUGGGAGGAAAAAUUCCUACAAAUCUAACUCAUUGUACGGAACUUAAAAUCCUUCGCCUUGCUGGCAAUGGGUUUAUUGGCCAAAUUCCACGCCAACUUAACACAUUGUCGAAGUUGAGAAUUCUGGAUCUAGGAAGUAACAACCUUACCGGAACAAUCCCAACUUGGAUAGGUAACAUUUCUUCUCUUUAUGCUCUUUCGUUAGGACCAAAUAAUUUACAAGGAAUCAUACCUGAUGAACUUGGUAAGCUAUCGGGCUUGGGAUUUUUUCAGCUUUAUGGAAAUUAUCUGUCUGGUACGGUUCCUCCUCCGAUUUAUAAUAUUUCUUCCAUAUAUUACAUUUCUGUCACUCAAAACCAGUUGCAGGGACAUCUACCACAAGAUGUUGGCCAAACUCUUCCUAAUUUAGAAGUAUUUGCUGGUGGUGUCAACAAUUUUACAGGAGCUAUUCCAGUAUCAUUGUCAAAUGCUUCUAAACUUCAGAUAAUUGACUUUGCUGAAAAUGGUCUUACUGGGACCAUACCUGAAAAUCUUGGAAGUCUUGGAGAUUUAAUUAGACUAAAUUUUGAUGAUAACAAACUUGGAACUGGGAAAAGUGGUGACCUAAGCUUUUUCAAUUUCUUGACUAAUCUUUCUACUCUAGAAGUAUUAGGUCUUGCUGGAAAUCGUUUUGGAGGAGAACUGCCUAGCACCGUAGGCAACCUUUCAGACAAGUUGAAAAGCUUUACCAUAGGAAGGAAUCUGAUUCAUGGAAGUAUCCCCACUGGAAUUGGAAACCUUGUUAAUUUGUACAAUCUAGGAAUGGAAGGCAACCAUUUAAGUGGUACCGUACCUGAUGUUGUUGGGAAGCUUCAAAAACUACAGGGAUUGAAUCUGAAUGUUAAUAGAUUUUCAGGAUCGAUACCAUUUUCAUUUGGAAAUUUAACUUCAUUAGUUAGUCUCUUUAUGGAAGAGAAUAGAUUUGAGGGAAGUAUACCUCCAAGCCUUGGAAAUUGCCAAAAUUUGCUUGUGCUGAAUUUUUCUAGUAAUAAUCUCAGUGGCAGCAUACCUAGAGAGAUUGUGGCCCUUUCUUCACUUUCAAUUGCUUUGUCCAUAUCUCAUAACUCUUUGAGUGGCUCAAUUCCCGUUGAAGUUGGUAACCUGAACAACCUUGUGGAGCUAGACCUGGCAGAGAAUAGACUUUCAGGUGAAAUUCCUAGCAGCCUUGCUAGUUGUAUGAGUUUAGAAUUCCUGUAUUUGGAAAGCAAUGCAUUUGUAGGAAUUAUUCCUUUAUCUUUGAAGUCUCUAAGAGGUCUAGAAGAAAUAGAUCUUUCACGCAACAACAUGUCCGGGCAAAUUCCGGAGUUUCUCAGCAAGAUUUUAUUUCUCAGGCAUCUCAAUCUCUCCCAUAAUGAUUUUGAGGGAGAAGUACCACAAGCAGGCAUAUUUGCAAACGUAAGUGCUUUUUCCGUUGUUGGAAACAAUAGGCUCUGUGGUGGUGUCCAGGACUUGCAUUUACCAGCAUGCACCAGAAAAAUUCCAAGAAGAGUUCUUUCUCCGAAGAUGGUAAUCCCUAUUACAAGUGCAGUCAUAUUUAUUGUUCUCGCCUGUUCCUUGUCUUCAUAUUAUCUAGUAAGAAACUUGAAGAGUCAAUCCAGUGCAUCAUCCUCCAUGGACUGGCAAGUCGCUCUGUCCUACUCUGAUCUUCUAAAAUCAACUAAUGGCUUCUCUGAAGAAAAUUUGAUUGGUUUGGGUAGUUUUGGUUCUGUAUAUAAAGGAAUUAUCUCCAAUGAUGGAACAUUUGUUGCAAUUAAGGUAUUAAACCUUCAACAGCAAGGAGCUUCUAGGAGUUUUGUUGAUGAAUGCAAUGUUUUGAGAAAUGUGCGACACCGUAACCUCCUCAAGAUCAUAACUGCUUGCUCUACAGUUGAUCAUCAAGGGAAUGACUUCAAAUGUCUUGUAUACGAGUUUAUGCCUAAUGGAAAUCUAGAUCAGUGGCUGCAUCCUGGAGCUAAUGAGCAGAAUGAAAGCAUGAAACUGAGCCUUGUCCAGAGGCUGAAUAUAGCCAUCGAUAUUGCUUCUGCUUUGGAUUAUCUUCAUCACUACGGUGACACGCCAAUUGUUCAUUGCGAUCUAAAGCCGAGCAAUGUGCUCCUUGAUGCAAAUAUGACUGCACAUGUUGGUGACUUUGGAUUGGCAAGCUUCAUCUUUGAUUCAUCCAUUAAUGCCUCCGGGAAUCAAGCCAUUUCAGCCAGGCUAAAAGGUUCCAUAGGGUACAUUCCUCCAGAAUAUGGCAUGGGCGGCCAAGUUUCCAUAGACGGAGAUAUUUACAGUUACGGGAUUCUAUUACUGGAGAUGCUUACGGGAAAAAGACCAACUGAUGACAGCUUUGAUGAUGAUUACGGCAUUUGUAAGUUCGUUGGCAUGGCUUUGCCUGGACAUGUCAUGGAUAUUGUUGACCGAUCAAUGCUUUUUGAAGAAGAAAAUGUCCACAAUAAUGACCGAGAAAACAGAGAGGAUUAUGUAGAAGAAAGAGCAUUAAUCAAAAACCAGGAUUCUCAAGUUAGAACCCCAAGUAUAAUACAAGAAUGUUUGGUUCUGAUGAUGCAAAUUGGACUCUCCUGUGCUACAACAGGGCCAAAUGAGCGGAUGCCCAUGACCAUUGUUGUAAACAAAUUGCUUGAUAUCAAAUCCAUGUUUCAAAAUGUAUUGAUUGAAAAGCUGAAGUAAUGGAACAACAAUAAUGUGUUGACUCUCGAAAGUGCAUCGAAGUCAUUUUGCCUAUCCAGAUGUAAUAUUUUUAUUCCACCUAUAAAAAGCUA